UGGUAUUGUUUGUGUUUUGUCGGAAAUGGAAUUGGGCAGUGGAGAAAGUUUCUGCUUGUCAACAGCUGGAAGAGGCAGGAAGAAUAUUUAAAAGGCCCAUACAGCCUCAGAUGCUCUCAUAGUCUACUAAUGAUACAAGUGUUCUGUCAUUUCCGUCGUGUAGUACUGUAUUUUUACCUGAAUAUUAAAGUAAAAGCAAAAUAAAGGCAACAAUAUGAAGAUCUCAAUACACACCUGUUACGUCCUCCACGCAAUCCCGAUGAUAGCAUUCCUCUUGCUUUUGCAUCCGGCUCACAACGAAAGUGCUAAGACCCAGACGAGUAUCCCGAGGAAAUUCCGCUGGGUGACCAAAGAUUCUGCUUUGCGGUAUUUAGUGCAAGAAAUGUCUGUUAUGGAUGAGUUCCAAAAGGACAUCUUAGGACCUUUUGAAACUGUCAGAGUUUCUGGAACUGAAGAAAAUAAAAAAGUUCAAGAGCACAUCAAGUCUUUGUUUCUGAAGUGGGGCUGGCAUGUUGAGCUGGACAGGUUUGAAGACAGCACUCCCUACGGAACCAAGGAGUUCACCAACAUCAUUGCCACCCACAACCCUAAUAAACCUCAGCGCAUUGUGCUGGCAUGCCAUUUUGAUUCGAAAUACUUCAAAGGAGGAAAGUUUGUUGCAGCCACAGAUUCAGCGGUUCCCUGUGCCAUCCUGUUGGAGACAGUCAGACAGAUGCAGUGCCUCUUGGACAAAGGCUCCAGAGACAAAAGUUCUAGAGAGCUUGUUCUACUGGACCUGAUCGGCACCACGGACACACAGUUCACCAGCCAGUUCUCCAGCACCUCGGACCUUUUCGCACAGUUGAUCAAGACAGAGAAACAUUUACGCAGCAAUGGCUUCUUGACAGGGAAACACUCAGGUCCAAUCUUUUCAGAUCGCCAAGGAUGGGGCGGGAUAGAGGAUGACCAUAAACCAUUCCUUGAGAGGGGUGUUGAUAUUCUGCAUCUGAUCUCGACCCCGUUCCCCUCGGUGUGGCACAAAAUGACGGACGACUGGGCGCACUUGGACUUUGGGCUCAUCGACGACUUCAGCCGCAUCUUCCGCGUGUUUCUGUCGAACGUGCUGCACCUGCAGCCGGAGGAUCGGGGCUGCCGCAGGAAGAGUAACCCUGAGCUGUAACUGUAGGGCUCUGUUCCUCCACUCUCCGUCGCUUCAAGGCAGCAGAACGUAUACUUGUGACCUCCGAGACCUCGGGCGAUUGUCUGGGCCCACCGCAAGCCUCUCCCUCUCUCCGUUCUUUGACUGGAGACUUUUGGUCCAUUUUCUUGUUGAGAUUUUUUUGAAUGAAAGAUUUUGUAUUAUUGGUAAGUCUUGUAGGGAAAUCCACUUCUUUGUCCCGUAGCUAAAAGUUCAUCUCAUGAAAAAUCUACUCCUUGAAAGCCUGUUGUAAUCGUUUUCUUAGUAGCAAAAGUCAAAGUCCUUUAGUGUUGAGAAUUUUGUCAGUUUUUCGUAUGUCUUGGGUCCAAGACAAUCAAGUGUGCCAAUAACCACUCCCCACGUCCCUAUUCACUUUUUUGGGGUUGUUGGCGGGUGCUCUGAUGUGGUUUGCUCCUUCUUUCCUAUCAAAUAUCAAACAUCUAUCGUCCUUAUCUCUCCUCCUUCUUUUUUG